CCUACAUUGUUUCAGCAGUUUCAUUUGAUUUGUGUGUUUUUGGAGGGACUUUUAUUUUGACAUGUUUUGCCGUGUCGUUGUUUCCGACUCUCCCGUCAUUCACACUUUCAAACAUGGAGUCUAUUUUCCACGAAAAACAAGAGGGCUCUCUGUGUGCACAGCACUGCUUGAACAACCUCCUGCAGGGCGAGUACUUCAGUCCGGUGGAGCUGUCGUCCAUCGCGCACCAGCUGGACGAGGAGGAGCGCAUGCGCAUGGCUGAGGGAGGCGUCCAGACGGAGGAGUACAGGACCUUCCUGCAGCAACCGUCGGGAAACAUGGAUGACAGCGGCUUCUUUUCCAUUCAAGUGAUCAGUAACGCGCUGGGGGUUUGGGGUUUGGAGAUCAUUCUGUUCAACAGCAGAGAGUACCAGCAGCUACGGAUUGAUCCCAUACACGAGAAGGCCUUUAUAUGUAACUAUAAGGAGCACUGGUUUACAGUGCGUAAGCUAGGACAGCAGUGGUUUAAUCUGAACUCGCUGUUGACCGGACCAGAGCUCAUAUCAGACACGUACUUAGCCCUUUUCUUAGCACAGCUACAGCAAGAAGGUUAUUCUAUAUUUGUGAUCCGGGGAAACCUGCCAGAUUGUGAAGCCGAUCAGAUUUUGCGGAUCAUGCGAGUGGAGCAACAGCAGCGGCCGAAGCUGAUCGGAGAGGACGAGGCCCAGAGGAUGUCGGUGCAGCCGGUGUCAGAGACACCAGCCCCCGGGGAUGAAGUGCCGCUGGAUGAGGAUGAGGAGGAGCUGAGGAAGGCUCUGGCUCUCAGCAGACAGCACAUGGAGGUGGAGGACGAGGAGGCCGACCUACGCAGAGCCAUUCAGCUCAGCAUGCAGGGCAGCAGUGAUCCCUCAAGCCCCAGCGCAGUUGUGACGGCCGGCUCGUCUCACGAAUCAGGAAGCAGCGAGAAGGAGACGCUCACCGCAGAGGAGCUGCGCAAGAGGAGACAGGCCUACUUCGACAGGCAGCAACAGGCUCACGACAGCAGCACCGCCGGCGAAGUGAAGGACAGCGGGACCAAACCCAACCAGUGACCAUCCAGCGGCGAUGUUGACAGCGCCGGACGCUCUGAACGCCACCCGAUGGGAAUCACGUCUCUGGGACUCCAGUUGGGUCCUGCUGUGUUAAUAAAGGGACAUUCGUUUAGCUUCUCUUGACCUAUUUAAGUUGAAUGAGGUCAAAGGGAAGCUUUUACCCCGGUACAUUCCUCUUCCUCAGACUGAGAGCGAGACGCCCGCGUCAGGAGGAAGCUGUUGGGAUCACUUGUGCAUUCUGGGACCAUUCGGCUUUAUUGGGUUACUGGAUCUCUUUCCUCUUUUCCUCUGUGGACUGUAGUGAAUUACCGUUUACUGUCACAGGUGAGCGGCGUCUUCGCCGGCGUGUGACACGUGCCCAUAUCUAUGAUUCAUUCGCUUGUGAAGGUCGACUCUCACACGCACUUGGUAGAGAGCACAGUGUGCGUGACGGCAGAUGGUUGACCAGUGAGUUCCAGUGCAGUCAGUGAUGAAAUGACGUCCAUCAGUGCUCACGUGUGCACCAAUCAUCACACAGAUUCAGACCUUCACUUGUUUUAGACAUUUAUCAGUCGUCCCUCACUAGUUUGCAGGCAGCAGCUCUUCUGGUUCUGUUUCCAAAUUCGUCUCACAGUCAGCAAUAGUUUUUAAGUGAUUGAUUAUUCUUGCACUUCUAUAUACACUUUUUGUUUCUUAAAUAAAAAUAUUUGUUUUCCCCUCGA